GAAGACUUCAAUGAAAUGUUACAUGUUGUUUCACCCAGGAGACAUGGCACCCUCCAAUAGAAGUAAAAAGUGCCUAUCUCAUGGUCUUAGAGCUGGUUUUAUUUUUUCCUCAAAUAGAAGCCUCAAAAGGUUGCAGACCCAUGUGAGCCUCCAGCACUGACCAUGCAUAGCCUGUGACCUGCAGCAGCAGCAGACAGCACAUGCACGCAGGACAGGGACAAGAAGCACCCAACACUCCACAUUUACAAAUGAUGACUGGCAAAGGUCUUUGUAGCUUUGCACUGCUACUUUUUGCCUUAGGAGUGGCAGUGGAUACUGGCAGUAGCACAGAUGCAGAAUUCACAGCAAGUGACAGAGUCAUUCUUGCAUUGCUUAUUUUUAUAUUGUGCUUAUUUAGUCCCCUGUAACUUUGCCAACAGAAGGGAUAACUAUGACCUUAAGUCAAAUAUUGAUGCCACUUACGUAAAGUAGAUUUUUACUGCAUUUAUUUCAGCUUACCCAUGACUGAGCCCACCCCUGCAUAGGGAAGUGGCCACAGGUGCAAGAGUUAGAGAGAUCCAGGUGGAAGUGAGCACUCUAUCAGGUGUACAAAGAGUAUAAUAAGGGAGGAAGGAAGGCAGCUUUGUUUCUUUGGGAAGGGGGCUGUGAGUAGGAGCUGAGACAUAGGAUCAGCUUGUCUCUGUUGUUUUCUUAGUGUAUAUAUUGGGGUAGUCUCAGUGAGCUCUGACUGUGAUUCAGCAGGGUGCUGCUAUGCUGGGUGUUUCUCAAAUGCGGAAUGUGGUGUUCAUGUUCCCAAGCUUAGCUAUAGAAAGGAAGACAUAGCAGAGAUGAACUAGGGAGUGUCAUGAGCAGUGUUACUCACUGUGAUAGGCAGGAAUCUCAGGAAUCAGCACCUUAGCUGGAGAAAGCUGCUUGAAUUGGGUCCGGAAAACAUCGUUUGGAGGAGCAGGAAAUAAUUAGGGUUUCUGGCUGUUGGGGGAUUUUGGCUGUCCCAACAAUAAUGCUGUUCCUUUUGUGUUUUUUGCUUGAGCAGAACAAGCUGCAUAGUGACAUAGUUGCAGGGAAUAUGUUUGUGAUGGAGGCUCCAAUAACUCUUUACCCCUUUUGUGAAUGGGGCAGUUCUUUUGUGCCAGGAAACUCUGGGGAAUAAAAUCUCCAGUCAUGUGUGUUAUGCAAAUGUGCAUAACAAAAUUGCUAAAAAGGCUUACUUGUCCCUGCAGUCUGCACUGUACCAACUGACGUAGCAAACCCUGUAAGGCGGCAGUCUGCCGGCACUGAACUUACCUGUGCUUUCCAACACCUGAGCCACCCGGAUGACUGAAGAAGGGUGGUUUUGCGUUUUUAGGAUAGUUUUGAGCUGGAAUAUAGUUCUACCCAUUUGGCAAAUGAGCUGGUUUGGAUGUUGUUGCUGUGUCGGCAGGCCCCUGCUUUGAACUUCAUCUCUACAACUCUGAGGCGCUUUGUCUACAAUGAAAUGCCAGUUUCAUAAGCAGGAAACAUGAUUAAAGAUAACAACGAAAUUAUUCCACUAAUGGGCAAGAAAACAAAUCCAUCUGGUAUUCCCCCUUCAAACCAGCAAGAGAAAAAGCCAACUGAAAGCACUCCCACAAAGAAAAGUUCACACUUUUUUCUGGAGAUUGAUGGUUUUGAAAGCAAUGCGACACCAAAUAAUACAUCUCCCCCUGUGUUUUCAAAACCAAUGGAUUCAAAUAUUCGUCCAUGUGCAUCUGGAAAUGGGGAAGAUAUGGAUUCUCCACAGUCUCUUCAGGAUGAUGCGACUGAAUAUAGCCCUAAUGUAGACAGCUGUUGUGCUAACAUAUCACAAGGACCUGAGCAGACCAGUGCCCGGAAGAAGUUGAAAAAGUACAUAUUUCGGGCUGUAUCUGAGGGCAAUAUCGAAGAAUUGCAGUGUCUGCUCACCGAGCUGAAGGAGCGAUCAAACGCCUGUAUGAACAUGACUGUGCCAGAUUAUCUGAUGAAAAAAUUCACAGCUUCAGAUACUGGCAAAACUUGUCUGAUGAAAGCUCUGCUGAACAUCAACCAAAACACAAAUGAGAUAGUGAAUAUGCUACUAUCCUUUGCAGAAGAAAAUGGUAUUUUGGAGAGAUUUAUCAAUGCAGCAUACACAGAAGAGGCAUAUAAAGGCCAGACAGCCCUAAAUAUUGCUAUUGAAAGAAGACAAUAUGAAAUAACUCAGAGCCUAAUAGAAAAAGGAGCUGAUGUCAAUGCUCACGCCCAGGGUAUUUUCUUUAAUCCCAAACAUAAACAUGAAGGCUUUUAUUUUGGUGAAACUGCAUUGGCAUUAGCUGCAUGUACCAAUCAACCAGACAUAAUUCAACUGCUAAUGGACAAUACGAGGACUAAUAUUACUUCUCAGGAUUCCAGAGGAAACAAUAUCCUCCAUGCAUUAGUUACUGUGGCAGAGGACUUUAAAACCCAGAAUGACUUUGUAAUCAGAAUGUAUGAUAUGAUUUUGUUGAAAAGUAAAGCCAGAAAUCUGGAAACUACAAGGAAUAAGGAGGGUUUGACACCACUACAACUAGCUGCAAAAACUGGGAAAUUAGAGAUUCUGAAAUACAUCCUGAGCAGAGAGAUAAGAGAUAAGCCUAACAGGAGCCUGUCAAGAAAAUUCACAGACUGGGCUUAUGGUCCUGUUCAAUCUUCUCUUUAUGAUCUGACAGAACUAGAUACCACUGCAGACAAUUCAGUAUUGGAAAUUAUAGUCUAUAAUACAAAUAUUGGUAACCGUCAUGAAAUGCUGACUUUGGAGCCUCUGAAUUCACUCCUGCGAAUGAAAUGGAAGAAGUUUGCACGGCACAUGUUCUUUAUGUCAUGCUGGUUUUAUUUCCUAUACAACGUAACUUUAACGUUGGUUUCCUACCACAGGCCUAAUGAAAAUGAAGCUCCACCUUAUCCACUAGCUUUAACACGUGGUGUGGGGUGGCUGCAGUUAUCGGGACAGGUGAUGGUUAUGUUAGGAGCAAUAUUUUUAGCCGUAAAAGAGAGUGUAGCCAUCUUUCUGCUUAGGCCUUCAGACCUACAGUCAAUUCUCUCUGAUGCGUGGUUCCACUUUGCGUUUUUUAUACAAGCUUUGCUUGUGAUCUUCUCUGUCUUUUUGUACUUGUUUUCCUACAAAGAACACCUCGUGUGUCUUGUUUUGGCAAUGGCCUUGGGAUGGGCUAAUAUGCUUUAUUUCACCAGAGGUUUCCAGUCCAUGGGUAUUUACAGUGUUAUGAUUCAAAAGGUCAUCCUGCAUGAUGUGAUCAAAUUUUUAGUUGUCUAUAUCGUUUUUUUGCUGGGAUUUGGAGUAGCUCUUGCUGCAUUGAUUGAAACUUGCCAAGAUGGCAAUGAAUGCCAUUCCAACAGCAGUCUGGGACCUGUUCUGAUGGAUCUUUUUAAGCUCACCCUAGGACUGGGUGAUCUGGAGAUCCAGCAAAAUUCAAAGUAUCCUGUACUAUUUCUUCUGCUCCUUAUAACUUAUGUUGUGUUGACUUUUGUUCUUCUUUUGAACAUGCUGAUUGCAUUAAUGGGAGAAACAGUGGAAGAUAUUUCUAAAGAGAGUGAGCACAUCUGGAAACUUCAGAGAGCCAGAACUAUUUUGGAAUUUGAAAAAUUCUUACCAAAACGUUUGAGGAAAAAAUUUCAACUGGGAGAACGGUGUAAAGUGGCUGAAAAUGACACCAGGGUGUGUUUAAGGAUAAAUGAAGUGAAAUGGACCGAGUGGAAAACACAUGUUUCAUUUAUUAAUGAAGAUCCAGGGCCAACAGAUCCAAGCAAAAGUCAAGAUAAUUCAAGAACUAAUAGCAAAACCACCCUGAAUACAUUUGAAGAAAUGGAUGAUUUGCCUGAAACGUCUGUUUAGUUGUGCUGUGUUUGAUAUGUGGUCAUUUGGAAGGUUAAAAGCAUCAGUAGUGAAUGUUGAAAGCUUUGUUGAUAUUUUGGACAGCUGUAACCAGCUGGAACACAGACUUUUAGAGACAUGGUCUGAUGACCCUAAUGCAUUUAAUCAGGGCAGCUAAGCUAAACUCAAAUAUAGUAUUUCACUGGUUCAUUUUUGAGCCUCUUGGAAACACUGCUGUCCAAGUUUGCGUGACACUACUCAAACUUGGCUCAAGAUGUUUACUUGGAUAAAAAAGGUCAAAUGUGAGAUAUUUCUUCCUUUUGUGGAAAAUUAAGAUCAUCAUGAUCCCGAUCUGCUGUAUUUUGGAAUCUCUAGCUCAUGAGAAACAUCUUGUACACUAAAAGAAAAAAAUCUAAGUUCUUGUUGUGGAGCAAACAAAGGCAUUUCAAUUCUGAACUCUACUAAAUGAAGUAUGUUAUUCUGGAAUAACGAUGUUCUGGAGACAUUUGAAGCUUUUGUAUUGACUGUCAGUGUUAUUGGAGGCUUGAUUCCACAAGCUGGAGAAAGGCCUCUUCAGGUGUCAUUAGCUUUGCCUGGUCUGUUUUCCUGUGUAUAAUUCCUAGGGUAUAACGUGGUGUUCACUGCUUUUUAUGACCAUGUACAUAUGCCUUCCCAUAAAAUAGUGGGGCAGAAAUGGAAUUCAUGAUGGUGAACAUUUCUGAGUUUGUUCAGUCACAAGCUCUUUACUUUUCCUAUUUGGCUUUUCCAUGGUUUUGCAUCUUGCUGCAUAAAAUAAGUUAUCAUACUGGAAGUUCUUCUUGCUUAAAAGCAAAUUAAUUUCUUAUUUUCCUGAAGUGGCUCAAUACAGAAGUCAGUAUUUCUUCCCAAAAUGAGCAAAAUAAGUUAAAUGCAAUUGCAGACUUCUGAAGUUUUGGGGUUUGGUUAUUUUUUUAUCCAGAGGACUCUAAUGCAUUUCUGUAAGAGUUUUUAUUUCAUUACCUGUCAUGACCUAGUUUAGUUUUUACUUUUCUAAUUUAUGUAUGUAUAUAUAAAGAAUUUGUUCAAUGUACUUUUAAAUUUCAAUUAAUACAUUGUGUCUUCAGUGUCAUGGGCUUUCAUAAUAUCUACUCUUUUGGUGCCUGUUUUAAAGGUGCUGUUUAGGUAAGACUCAGGUGAAUUAUGUUGACAUUUAGAUGAUAAUAAGAAUUGCAUUGGAUUCUUACAGCUAAGCCUGUGCGCAAAAUGACCCAAAAGACUUUCUUAACACAGAAGAGAGCAUGAGGGAACUCUCCAGUGGAAAGGAUAGUGCAAAGCUCUUUGCAGGGAUGGUGAACGUGGUUCUUGCUACAGAACUGGUCAUCCAAAGAUGCCACAUCCUGUGUUUCCUACCACGUAUGGCCUGGAUGGAUGAGACCAGAUUGAAAUCUUCAAUUCAAUUACAUUUUUAUAGGGCAUAGGAAUUUGAGAGGAAGGACAUCAAUAGACCAAUAUAAUAUCUGAGCAUUGUCUGGCCUUCUCAGUAGGGUAUGUGAAUAUGAGAAGAAAAAUUCCUGCGGUUUUGGAAUCUUUCAUUUUUGCUGGUUAAUGUUGCAUUGGAACUGCCAACAAAGAGUAUCAAUUCCCUUAUGACUGUGCAGCUCCAUUUGAAUUCUUUUGAGUGCCAGUUUUUGUACCAAAAAAAAAUACCUCUUCACAUAUACUCAGGAACUAGAAUAAAUUAGCCUGUGCUGUGCUCCCCGUUGCUAUGGUUGGAAUUGUCACUGGAAUCAAGUUGAUGUAUCUCUGCACUGUGCUGAAUUCACACCAAAGGUGUAGCCAUAAAACAGGGAAGACACAAAAGAAGUCACUGUGCUGUGCCAAUGACCAGGUACAAAAAGUUAUUAUAAAACUGAGGAAGAAAGGGGGGGGUAUUUCUAAAAGUCCUCUGCUGAGGAAAACCCCUUUUUCUGGCCACAGAGCCCUGCCAUGUCAUACACACAGUCUAUCUCCAGGCUGUUAUCAAAAACCCUGUGAAUAAUGACUAAAGCAGAUAAUUAUGUACUUUUUAUACAAUGUUUAUUUAAAUUAAACUUGUAAUUCAAAAA